GCUCGCUGGUUUUGUCCAUACCUAAGCAGCGAGGUAUGUAUCAAGCCUACGGAGCCUUGAUGAACUCCGGCAUUGACCUGGAACUCUUCUGAUGGUCCCGUUGUUGUCUCUUGUGCUUAAACAUGCAGUUCAUUGUCAAUAAUUGGAAGUCGAGAGUAGGAGGACCAGUGAAUGCAAGUGCUUUUCUCAAAUCACUGCAAUCCACUCGCUCUCCAGCGAAGGAAAAGGAGAUGUUAAUAGAUUUGUUUGACGACUGGGAUGUUCUCACAAACACUUGGUUUGAAGUUGCGGACUGUGCGAGCUUCAUAGAGGAACUAGCAGAGGACAGGACCUUUCCUGCACGACAAAAGGCUGCUUUGCUAGCUUCUAAGGUUGCCUUCUGUCUUGAAGAUUAUGAGAACUCACUGAAUUUUGCUCUGGCCGCAGACACUCACUUCAAACUCACUCCUAGGCCGAAGUCAAAGACCGUUGGAGAGAAAGACGCUGAGUAUGUGAAUAAGAUCAUCGAAAUUGGUAUUGACGCUUACAAAAGUAUCAAGAGUUGUGAUGCUAAAGUGGAUCCCCGCUUGGAAGCCCUCAUCAAUAGAAUAUUCCAGCGAAAUCUUGAUAAGAAUGAACUACUGUAUGUUAUCGGAUUGGCUCUAGAUACUCGUCGCAUCGAUAUGGUAGAAAAGGCAAUCAUACAGAGCGCUGAAUCUCAUGUAUUACUCCUGGAAACUAUCCAAAAAGUGACAAACGCUAAAAUGGAUGUGCAACUCCGUUCACAACUACUUGAUGUUCUUGUGCGUCUAUUCACGAACAACAAACAUGCCGACUUUGUUGCCAUAUGUCAGUGUCUGGUGAAGUUAAAUCGACCAGAAGAUAUCGGAAAGCUGCUAGAUCGGCUUAUGUCACAUGAGAACGGAGAUCUCAUCGCUUAUCAAAUCGCUUUCGACUUGUAUGAAAAUGCUUCCCAGCAAUUCAAUACUCAAGUGCUCAACACAUAUGCAGGUCUUCAUCAACCAUCGUCGAGUGCUGCCCCAAAAGAAGAGAAAAUGGAGGUGACUCCAGCACAAACAAGUGCUGAGCCGAAAGAAGGACAGCAACAAGAGCAGCCUCAGGCUGAGAGUAAGUCCGAAGGGAAGUCCGAGGAGAAACCGACUGAAGAGCAGUCUUCCCCAAUGGCUCGACUGAAAGCAAUCUUACGGGGAGAAGAGACUAUCAAACAACAUAUGCAAUUUUUGAUCAAAAACAACCACACGGAUAUGUUGAUUUUGAAGGAAAUGAAAGACUGUGUUCGAACAGCUACUGCUCAUAAUGCGACAUUGAUGGCUAAUGGUCUUAUGCAUCUUGGAACAACAUGCGACGACUUUUUGCGUGACAAUCUGGACUGGAUUAGUAAGGCUACCAAUUGGAAUAAGUUCAACGCUGUAGCUACUUUGGGUCUUAUUCAUAAGGGGCAUGAAUCUGCUGCCAUGAAGCUUCUGGAGCCAUAUCUGCCCAAAACGGAAGCAGACCAGUUCGGUUUCAAGGAAGGUGGAUCGCUCUAUGCUCUUGGCCUCAUUCAUGCGAAUCAUGGCACUGAAGACUGCAUCAAGUAUUUGCGUGAACAACUCGCUGCUGCCCAGACAUCUGCUGUCCGGCAUGGUGCCUGUCUUGGAUUAGGACUUGCGGCAAUGGGAACACAAAAUCAAGAUGUAUACUUGCAAUUACGUGAUGCACUGUAUUUGGAUGAUGCCGUUUCUGGAGAGGCCGCUGGACUAGCUAUGGGCCUGGUCAUGGUAGGAAGUUUGAACUCAGCCGCCUUUCAAGAUAUGGUACAAUACAUUUGCGAUACUCAACAUGACAAGAUACAACGCGGCCUGCGCACAGGAAUAUCACUGCUGGCAUACGGGAGACAGGACGAGGCAGAGUCAUGUAUCGGGCAACUCAUCGACGUGAAAUCUAAUGCUAUGCUGCGUUCAACGGGGGUAGCCAUGUUGUCGAUGGCAUAUGUUGGCAGCGGACGCGCUAAUAUUGUUUCAAGACUUCUUGAAAAGGUAGCAACCGAUCCAAAUAACGACGUCAAGCGAUUUUCGGUCAUGGGCAUUGGGUUUCUGUUGAGCAACAGCCCAGCUAUCUGCAAAGAUUACGUAGGAAUGCUUGUGGAACAUUUCAAUAGUCAUGUUCGAUACGGUGCCGCAAUGGCGCUUGGCAUCGCUUGUGCUGGAACUGGAUACAAGGAGGCUAUAUCUCUGCUUGAACCGCUACUAUCUGCCAAGGAAAACUAUGUGCGUCAAGGGGCUGUCAUAGCGUUGUCCUUCAUUUACGUACAACAGACUGAUAUAAGUUGUCCAAAGGUUGGUGAGUUCCGUAAGCAGCUCACAAAGAUGACCACUGAGAAAGGGGAAGAUUCUAUGGCAAAGUUUGGAGCAAUCAUAGCACAGGGCAUUCUUGACGUCGGCGGACGCAACAUGACUAUUGCAUUGCAUAAUCGCUCGGGUACUACUGAUAUGGCUGGUGUAGUUGGAAUGAUGGCGUUCCAGCAGUUUUGGUAUUGGCACUCCAUGGUUCCUUUGAUCUCUUUGGCUUGCAAACCCACAUGCCUGAUUGCACUUACUAAAGAUCUGCAAAUGCCAAAAAUCGAGUUCAAAUGCAAUGCCAAAGCAUCGCUGUUUGCCUAUCCUCCACCGCUUGAGUCAAAGAAGAAGGAGGAGCAUGAAAAAGUCGAAACGGCUGUUUUGUCGAUCACGCAUAAAAAGAAAAUAGCCAAGAAGAGUGCGGAGGAGAAAAUGGAGGUUGAUGAUGAAGCUCUGAAGACUGCGAAAGAAGAGGAAAAAAAGGCAGUACCGGAAAACGAAGCACCUACUCAUACUAUCGACAACCCUGCCAGAGUGGUUCGACUGCAGCUGAAGACGCUAUCCAUGGUAGAAAACUCAAGGUACAAACCGGUAAAAGCGAUUACAUACGGAGGCAUUAUCAUGCUUCUAGAUAGAACCCCAGAUGUGAAAGCCGAAAUAGUCGCCCAGGCCGUGGCCGGUGGCACCACACUUGAUCCAGCAGCACCGGAGAAACAACCGCAUGCGACAUUUGAGAUAGAUCUCAAGGACUACUGAUAAUCUGUCUUUUCCCGUGUAAUUUAUUAUAAUAAAUCAAGUGUAUAUGAGCGCAAGAUGAUCUCUUGUGUCCAGAGCUUAAUCUAUAAAAUACUUUUCCGAAG